AUGCACAGCACCGCUCUCCGUGGCAGCGGCCUGAGGGCCCAGGGCAAGGCGCCACAGGCCGGGCGGAGAUCGGUGGCCUUCGCGAGCGCGCCCGUCAGCCGUCGCAGUGUGUCUGUCCUGGCAGCACACGCGCCGCCGACCGUGGCCGACACCAAGGCCCGUUUCCUGAACUCGUACAGCCGCCCGAUCCCCGCGAUCUACAAUGUCGUGGUGCAGGAGCUGCUGGUGCAGCAGCACUUCAUCCGCUACAACAUUGCCUACCAGUACAACGAGGUGUUUGCCCUGGGCUUUGUGAGCGUGUUUGACCAGAUCCUGGACAGCUUUGAGCAGGGGGAGCGCUCCAAGGUGUUUGAGGCCUACAUCUCUGCCCUGGGGGAGGACCCCGCGCGCUACAGGGCUGACGCGGAGCGGCUCGAGGCCGAUGCCAAGGCCCUGACCGGCUCCGAGGGCCUGGCGCCCGAUGCCGAGGGCAGCGAGCUGCAGCGGGUGCUGGCGCGCGUGGCCGGCGCGGCGGCGGACGGCAAGCUCGCGUACAACAAGUUCUUCGCCAUCGGCCUCUUCAGGCUGCUGGAGCUGACUGGCGCCAAGGAGCCUGCCGCCCUCGAGCGCCUCGUCAAGUCUGUUGGGGCCAAGCCCGAGGCGGUGAACAAGGACCUGCUGCUCUACAAGGGCAUCCUCUCCAAGCUGUCCGCCGCAAAGGAGCUGAUGAAGGAGUUCCUGGAGCGCGAGAAGAAGAAGCAGGCGGAGCGCGACGCCGCAAAGGCGGAGAAGGCCGCCGCCACCAGCAGCUAG